AGUUACUCAUCUCAUAAGUAAACACACUAGCCAGCCAUCCAGCUAUAUAUUUCUUCUUUAUAGAAACAUCAAUCUUUCAUAAUUUCCUAUUUUCACAUACACGAAAAUGAAAGCUCAUUUCGAGCCUACCAAAUUUGCUAAUGUGUUUUUCUUCCUUUUCCUAGCCCUUGCUUUGCCAAUGGCUUUAGGCCAAGGAACCCGAGUCGGGUUCUACUCAUCAUCUUGCCCGCAAGCCGAAUCCAUUGUUCAAUCUACAGUCAAGAGCCACUUCCAACAGAAUCCGAAAGUUGCACCCGGAAUACUAAGGAUGCAUUUUCACGAUUGCUUCGUUAAUGGGUGCGACGGAUCAAUCCUAAUCGAUGGUUCGGACACCGAGAAGACAGCUCCUCCUAAUCUUCUACUGAGAGGAUACGAAGUGAUUGAUGAUGCUAAGCAGCAGAUUGAACAGGCUUGCCCUCAAGUGGUUUCUUGCGCCGACAUUCUUGCUCUAGCUGCUCGAGAUUCUGUUGUCCUGACCAAGGGUUUCAGCUGGCCGGUCCCAACAGGACGUAGAGAUGGUAGAGUUUCACAAGCAUCUGAUACAGCUAAUCUGCCCGGAUUCACGGAUCCCGUUGAUGUUCAAAAGCAGAAGUUCUCCGACAAAGGUCUCAACACUCAAGAUCUUGUUGCCCUUGUUGGGGGACACACGAUCGGGACAGCGGCAUGCCAAUUCUUCCGGUAUAGAAUGUACAACUACAACUCCAACGCGACCGUUGACCCUUCCAUCAGUGCAUCGUUUCUACCUCAACUCCAGUCCCUUUGUCCGGCCACCGGCGACCCGUCCACCCGGGUGGCGCUGGACACCGGCAGCGAGACCACCUUCGACAACUCCUUCUUCACCAACCUCCAGAACGGCCGGGGAAUCCUCGAAUCGGAUCAGAUGUUGUGGACGGACCCUUCCACAAGAACCAUUGUGCAACAGUUCUUGGGAUUUAGAGGCCUCUUUGGGUUGAAAUUCGGCAUUGAGUUCGCCAAGUCCAUGAUUAAAAUGAGUAACAUUGAGGUUAAGACUGGCACUGAUGGUGAGAUUCGCAAAGUUUGCUCUGCCAUUAAUUAACGUUACGUACGUUGUAGUGAUACAACUUCCAUAAAUACUAUAGCUGUUAGGAUAUGCAGUUCAAUAACUGUAAAGUGCAAACUUUGCAGACCUUAUUUUGUACUGAGUACAUUGAUUUGAAGUUUUGAAACCACUCUCUUCAUCGUGUUUCAUACUCGCACAGUAAUGUUUUAGCCCAAUUAUCUAAAUAAAUAAAUAGUAUGUAUUCUCCUUCCAAAAUAAAUUUGCAAAAGAGAAAUGAACAAAAAUGUAGUUGUCAACGUGUACUUGGUCUAAAUGG